AUUAGACUCGACAGAGACAGUGUUUUCCUACGUUCAGUCUCCUUUCAUUUGGCCUGCUUGCCCUCCCCCAAGUACACGCCCAUUUCCUCUCUCCUUCUUCUUCUUUCUUCUCUUCCUCCUUCGUCUUCCUCGAUUGUCCGCAGAAGAAGCAGAGAAUAGAUCAAGGGGGGAUCAAGUUAUGUCAUAAGUGGGAAGAGCAGUGAGCUGCUGCAGUGAUCAUUCUGGUAGACAAGGCUAAAUAGACUGAAAGCCAACAACAAACAAGAUGGGAAUGAUCAAACUCAAUGAAAGAAGGGUGAGUCCUGAGAUUAUGGUGGAACCAACACCUGCUGCUGCUGCUGCUGCUGCUGACUUGGACUCCAGCAGCAAGGAGGAGAGUUUUCAGGACUCUCGAGCCUAUUUGGCUUCGGAUUCUGAGGAUGAUUACUACAGUGUCAAAGGUACUCCAAGUGUGGCUUCAAGCAGGCCGGGAACUCCCCAGAGAAGGAGAAUAUGCAUCAAGAAUAUAUUCUACCGUUCGAUGCUGGAGCGCAGCAAAAUCCAUAUGAUUCCACCACCACCACCAACAACAACAAGAGCAACAACAAUUGGCCACGUCGAAGCACCCGCACCACCAGCAAGGGAACAGAAGCCCCUCAUUGAAUUCUUCACAGAUCCUUACUGGAUCGAAGAGAUCAGCACUGAUGGAGACGUCAGCGGUGGGGCUCAUCCAACAAUCACCACCACCACCAGUAAGCAGCUGAAGCUGGUGGAGUUCCUUCAAGACAGUUUCUGGAAGAAGGAAUUUUUCCUAGCUCCAUCCCCACAUUCCAGGAAAGCAGCAGCAGCAGCAUCUUCUUCCCCUGUCCCAGGUGGUGCUGUUGUGGUCACAGGUCUGAAAUCUGGGAACAAGAGGGUUCAGAAUGAUGGAUCAUCAUCUAAAUCUGCUAAUGAUGAUCACGACCAGCGCCAUGGCAGCAGCUGCUGCUUUCCCAGCUUUGCACCCAGGUUCUGGUCCAAGAAGAGAAAGACCAAGGUUGCCCCUUAAAAGUUAAAAGUGGCAACGAACUAAAAAGCUGCCUGCAUACACCACCAAUUUUCUGCGGCUGCUGCUUCUGUUCUUUUUUCUGAUUCAUUCGCUGAGUUAUGGGUGUGUUUUUUUUUCUGUUCCUUUUUUGUGCUGGAACUUCCAUUGCUAUCAUUUGUUGAUUUGGGCAAAAACGUUCUUUUUUUUUUUUUUUUCUUCUUCUUUUGAUACUGCACUAUUAUUAUGACUUCCUCUUCCUUUUCUUUUGAUACUGAACUAUUAUUAUGACUUCCUCACCAUUU